CAGUUAGUGCGUGCGUUUCAGAGGGAGCAUUAUCCGGCGCACAUCACAAGUAGUUGCUUUACGUCAAACAUGGCUGCUGAAGAGAAGGAUCCCUUAAGCUUCUUUGCUGCUUAUGGAAGUAGCAGCUCGGAUUCGGACAGCAGCGACGAAGAGAAAGAAGCAGAGAAAACUAAGAACCGCGCAACAAAGCGACCUUUUCCCACAGAAACUAAAAAGCUGCCGGGGCCGGACGAACUGUUCCGGAGUGUUUCUCGCCCCGCCUUCCUCUACAACCCACUCAACAAGCAGAUAGACUGGGAGAGUCGGGUGAAGCGGGCCCCGGAAGAGCCUCCUAAAGAGUUUAAAGUAUGGAAGACAAAUGCUGUCCCACCACCGGAGUCCUACCAAGUAGCCGAGAAGAAAGCUCCACCCCCUGAACUGGACAUGGCUAUCAAAUGGUCGAACGUGUACCAAGACAACGGUGAUGAUGCACCACAUGCAAACCAAGCUAAGUGUCUACCAGAGGAAGAAGCUCAAGAAGAUUCUCCACCUUCGGAUGAUGAGCAAGAGAACGCCACAAAAAAGCAUAAAGUCUAACCCAGGCUGUUUUGGGAUUGAUCUAUCUGAAGGCGGGAGACCUAGACCUACAGGAACAUGAAUGCUCAAACACCAUGUUUCAAAUGUUUACUGGAAGAACUCUUAUUACUGUGUUUGUGAAAUCCACUUGUAUUCGUAAAUUCUACACUGAAUACAUAGAUAUAAAAGCAAAAAUAAGAAUGUUUCCAUAGAAAUGGAUGUAUUCUAGCAGUACCACACACAUUUUUAAUGCAGGACUGCAGUAUAUUGAUGUUGGUAAUUGUACUUGUAAAGAGUCUGCCACCUAGCGAUAUUUUGUUCUAUGAACUAAUGAAUAUGCAGUUGUUACUGCUUGCUUUUCAAUACUGUGCUAGAAACCUUUUAUAAAGGACUGUUUAUGAAACCCUGCGGGAAGUUCACCUUUCAAACACUUUUCUAUUUAAUUUAGUACACCAGAAAUCGUGGUCCUUAUUUUUAAAUCUUUUUCUAAGAUUUUUAAUUUUCAUUGGGUGUUACCAACUGUUUAUAUCUUAUCUGAUAGAUUUUUUUAUAACCACCGUUGUACAAGGUCCCAAUUUCAGGUGUACUAUUUAAGAACUAACAAAAGGCUAACUAUCCAUUGUAAUAUAAGUCGUUAUUAUAAUGGUACCAUGUGGCAAUUUUAAAAACUUAUUUUUUUUGUAAAUAACUGUAACUACAUGUUUCAGCUGAUAAAAGCUAUACAAAUAGUAUAUUCAAGUGUAUAAUUGUGUUUCUUUCCCAAAGAUAUUUUUAUCUAUAGAUGUAUGAUUAUAAAAAUGUUGUCCCAGGGCCAGGUGCAUUAUAUAAACUAAUGAUGAAUUAAAAAAUAUAUUUCCUGAGUAAAUUAAGAGUAUCGUCAUGACAUCUCAUGACAAUUUAACUGGUGGCUAUAAUUAUUCUUUAUUGAUAUAGUGCCCACAUAUUUCACACAGAGAUUAUACAUCGUUCACAUAAGUCCCUGCACCAGCUGAGCUUACAGUCUAAGUCUUUAUAACAUCGACAUGCACAGUGGUCAAUUUUAUGAAGAGGCAAUUUGCCUUAUAAAUUCUUGUAAUACUAACUUAUGUGUAUAAUUACUGUAUAUUUUAACAAUAAAUCCAUUUAUAGGAAGGUUUAAUAAAUGUUUUUUUUCUCCUUUAA